UCGUGUGGCAGCCAUCUCGCGUCGCCACGAAAACACGACAGUCGUUCGUCAUGCCUUGGAUAUAACAGCAAAUCCUCCACGGUAAGUGAAUUCUAACUUAGGUGCACAUUCUCCGUAUAUGUCAUGCUAUCGCCAGGAAGUCGUCGCUGCGCUUAGCCGACGCGAUUGACAAAGGACUAGGCAUACGCGCUGUGUCUCUCGAUGUCAAUCGAAAAAGCCAGUCGUCGCGAUAACUGCAUGUGAUUUUAUCACUUUGCCGUUGUCCGUAAGAGCUUUAAAAAUCGCAAACGCUGCCAGAACUAUGGUAUGUUCAAUAAGACACCAGGCGAGAGGACGCUUAAAAUGGUUCGUUCACCAGCCCGUGAUUCCGAGCCUAUGCGCAGCGUGAUUAGCGUGCGUUUUGUGUGUUUGAAUUUAUUCAGUUUGGCAGUCUACUGUGUACGGAACGCUGUUGAACUAAGGAAUCACAUAACAGAAGGCGUCAUUUUGCUGGCAGCAUGCUUUUUUAUAAGUAAACCGCGCGCUUGACGGUGUCUCGCGCAGGGGGAAUCUGCGACCACUGAAGUUACGUGCAGCACCAGUGCUAGUUAGAAACUUUGCCGCAGGCAUUCAGCUGCAUGCUGCAAGAGGUCAGUUGGGCGCGUUAUCUUGAACUUACUGAAAACGCAUGAGGAAUCCAUUUUUUAUGCUGAAAAAAGUAUAAACCCCAUAUAAGCGAUCUUGCGCGCGGCAGCUACAAGCGACGCGAUGGAGAUGGCUGUCGCGUUCGCUCGUCGCCUACAAGUCGUACUCCGUGCGAGCGACGAUAUUGAGCGACGCCUCCCCGGUGUUGCCGGCAUGAGGGCUGCAAUCAUGCGUGACGCGUGCUUUAGUAAUUUACGUUGAUGUAUUUUACGAUAAAAAGUAGCAUAAAAUAUUUCCGGAGGUAUUGCCGUAGGUUCUCAUCCUUGCACGUAUAAAAAUUGAAUCAUUUGCUCGUUCCGCGCGACAAUCGGUAGUAUUUGAGCGAUGUACGUACAUCCAGUUCCGGCUUCGCGCUAUUGGCUAGUCGCUCAUAGCACUUUCGGGCGACGAGCGAUGAUUUAUAGAUUUCCAGAACCGAGCCAUCUGUUCAAGCGACGGCCCGUUUUGUCGCUCGAAGCCGUCGCUCGUCGCCGUCGCGCACUAAAUCGCUCUCACAGUGUUUAUCCCUAAGACUGAACUGUUUUUGCUCAUGUAUUGAAAUGGUGUGAUUAUAGGUGGGUCUGGUUUUGUCUCCUGUUGCGGUUUUCGUGCACGGUGCGAAACUGAAAGGAUGCUUAUGUCUACGAACUCGGUGAAUUGUCGAGCAGCUAGUUAUGCAUCGGCAUCGAAUAUAACGGCUGCUGUGUGGAAUUACAAUUGCAAGGGCGCUUUGCAUACGCUUAUUGUUUUGGACAUGCCUGUGCAUUUGCUAAUAUGAGUUGGCGUGUCAGAGUUAUGUCAUUUGAAUAGCUAAAUCAGCCUUCCUCUGGGGGUUACAAGCGUAAUGUGUGCAUUUUGCUAUUGCAUGGCAGAUCAAAAUGUGUUUAUCGCUUGAAGAUUUUUAGUAUAGAAAUAAAAUAUCAAAAUAAAAUGUUGCUUUAAUUCCGUGUUACCAGUCUGUCGUACACAGAACAAUAGGUUGGUGUAAUAAACUAAUAACUGCGGUUUAACUGCAACUUUUACAUGCCUUCAAGAAUCUAAAAUGCUAGAUUUCAAACUGCAGCAGUAGUCGGCUCUGUCAAAAAUGAACUCCAUUGCGCACCUCGUACAUGAAAAUAAGUUCACGCCUUUUAGUAAGCUUAGAUGCAGGCCGCAGUGAACUUUCUUGUUAGUAUUGAAAUGUGGGUAAGCUUGCCAUAACAAGCCUUGUUGCCCUUUUUUAUAGGCACAUCCAUAUAUCCAUUGAACUGAAAAACAAUAUUUUCAUCCCUACUGAGCAUCAUGUUUGCAGCUAUAAUCCUCAAAUUAUGGCUUCAGCAGUGGCACAACCAGGGAUGGUGCGGGGGGCACACUGGGCACGUGCUUAGGAUGUGUCACAAGUGGUGUUUGUGAUACACCAGACUCAUGACAGACCUAUGAUGUCUGAAAAUGACCAAUAUUCUAUUCAUUAGCAGGAGUAUUCUAACAUUCGUGCUGAACGAGGAUGAACUGUCCGUUAUUUCUUUUUUGUGUAAAUCUAAAAUUGAAGUUAAUUUAGCAGUUGACUGUUGCAGUCAUUUGGAUGUUUUGCAUGCAUUUCACUAAGAAGACUAAGAGCUAAGACUUUCUUUUAUUGCCAUGGCCUUGACUGUCUUGAUGUUGUUUUGCACCAUGCCCUUGUGUUGACUUUUGCAUACGAUAUUUUUCAGGCACCCGCUUUAUAGAACACAAGAAGGCAGCUGCAAGGACACGAGGAUGUGAAAGAGCCAGUGCAGCGUGACUUCACGUAGUGCAGAGGAGCCAAUGCCAAAAAAUCUAAAUACAUUGGCAUGCAAUUUGGACAAGAAAACUAGGACAACCCAGGACGUGCAUUUCUCAGCACCCCGUCAACUGCCAGAAGUGACUCGAACACAGGCCACCAGUGGCACUCGGCUGUACCACUGCAGUGCUGCGGAAAUUACCAGCACCAGCGGCUUUGCAACAGCUGUUUCACAGCAUGUUGGAGACAAUGCCUACGAAAUUAUUGGCCCUGAUGACGAGAGCCCUCAAGGGGCAAACGACAUCUCUGUUGCAGAAGUGAGCCCGAUACCACCUGAAGUUACCAUGACAGGUGGCACGGCAGCAAUAGAUACAGAGACGGCCAUGUCUACUGCAGCUGCAACAGUGUACGAGGCAAGCAGCAGUGUGUCAGCAUCAGCAGCAGUGUCAGAAGGAACCGCACCAGGCCUGGUAGAGCAACAUGUGUGUUAUCACUGUGACUUUUUUGUAGUGCAUACAACUCAUUUGCUCAACAUACAAAAGCUUUUCACCACGACUGUGAGCCAGUGUUCUUGUGCAGCAAGUGCAAGACUAAGUUAAGUGUUAUAACACAGUACAAGCAUCACUUUAAGAUAUGCAAACAUAUUACAGUUGUUGCCUCCCCAGCCAGCCCACAUAGCGACAACAAUGUGGAACACAUGGUGGGACACACCUCUUCCCCAUUAGAAGAUAGUAGAGACUGUCAGUGUUGUUGCUAGAUUAACUGGUCUUUGUAGGCAACUAGAAGGACAACACAGGUGUCAUAAGAUUGUUGUUUAUGUUGUUGUUGAAGAGGUAAAAUAGAAGUUUGAUGCAGCUGAAGUGCCAACUGAUAUUGAGCAAAUCAAAAACAACCACCUGAGAAAGCAACACUAUCGAAAUUUGGGUAUCUAUGUGCCGCCAACUCUGGUAAGGAUGGCAUAGGACAGAAGUGUGAUGAAAAUCACACAGACACUGCUGUUCCAGCACUGGUCACAGUGAGCAGUGACUUGUAGGGCAAGAGAGUCAACUGAAACGAACAUUAUGGCAUAGUGUCAUGCUCCCAUGUGACCACUUUCCAUGUUAUUUUGCAUGAUACAGCUCAACCUUCAGAAACGAGACUGCAACUUGUCUGUAAAAAGCUUUCACAAAAAAUUAUUCAUAACACUAUUAACACAGCAGUAUCUUCUUUUUUUGUGGGUUCGAGGUUCCCGGGUGUCCAUUAAUGCAAAAAUUGUGGAAAAAAAAACAUGUGUCGUACUUACACCUUUUUAACAAGUACGAGGGGGACAGAACUUUUCUAGUCAUGCAUCUUCAUCAUACUAUCAAGUUUUUAAAUGCCUUUUAUAAUUAUUACUACCAGUUAUACCUGAGUGCAUUGUAUGCAUUUAGCAGGUGUAAAAUCGGGUCAAUUGGAUCAGAUGCCUUAUCUGCAAGGGAGCCCUAUAUUCAAGAAAUGUGAAUUAAAAUAGGUACGUUAGAGACGCAGUCUUUCAGCACUUUAUUGCGUGUGGUUUAAGCAUUGCUCAAUACUUUUGUGGAUGGCAGUUUCAACCGGCACAGCACUGCGAUUUGUCAAGGUCAUGUGUCUUCAAAGCGGUGUUUACCAUUUGUGUUGAUCUGUUUGUGUGUUCAUAGAGCAAGUUUUUAAUUUAUUUUUUUCCGCAUUCUUGUGCUUGCACUAAGCUUGUAUAAGGCAGUUACAAAAUGGGCGUCACUGUAACGAACUGUGCUGUUGAGCUUACACUUGCAAAUAAUAGUGUUCAGAUGGCCGCACUUCUGUGUAGGUGCACCGAUAGCUUUGUGUAUGUUCUCAUGUUUGUAUAAAGCUUAUAUAAGCUAGUUACAAAAUGUAUAUCACUAAGCAUUGUGAUAUUCUUUAAAGAACUGCUUGGUUGGUUUUACACUUGCAAAUUAGUAUUGAGGAGGUGGUAUUUCCAUGUAGGCCCACUGCUAGCUUUCUGUGUGCUCACGUGUUUGUAUUAAGCUUUUACAAGGGAGUUACAGCAUGUACGUCACUAAGUGCUGUGAUACUUUUAAAGGACUGCUUUGUUGGUUUUACACCUGUGAGUAAUAGUACUCGGGUGGCACUAGUCAUGUGUAGGUACACAGGGACCAUUUGUAUACAUUAUGCUCAUGUAAAGCAGUUACAAAGUGUGUCACUAAUCACUGUGAUAUUUGUUGAAGAAUUGCUGUGAUGGUUUUACACAUGUGAAUAAUAGGGGUCAGGACACAGUACUUGCAAUGUAUAGUUGAAUUUAUACAGUGCCAAGACAUGGGCUGUAUAUGUACCAAAAGAAAUGUAUGUCAUUAUAUUGUUGUGAUCAUUACUGUUUGGAUUUUAUUAAACUCUAAUAACGUUUUUUCUUGUAUCUAUUGAGGUAUGGCAAUUUGUCAUGCAACGAAACUCAGGACCGGAACUUGUGCCUACAAAUAAACAGCUAAUUUAAGAGUA